ACAGAGAAUAUUGUGAACUGCACUCUACCAACUUUCUCCCAACCAAUUAGCAUAUACAACAGAAAAAAAUAGUUUUAAGAGGACGGAUGACACGAAAUAUUUUACAAUGAAUGUCGCGUUUGCUUUCCUGAGCUUUUAAACACUCUAAUUUCGGCAUUUUCUUUUCGAAUUCCAUUGACCAAUUUUGAACAAGUGGCUGGUGAGUUUUAUUUUCUUUUAGCACCCGGCCUGCGCCAGGCUGCCAAAGUACAAGGUCAAGCAAGAAACAAACCCAGGCGCAGCGAAGAGCUGGUGAAGGGACAUGCAAAAAUGUUGUGUAUAAAUUCUACACGGAUUUGUACAAGUGUAAAAAAUGCUUUCAUAUACACGAUGCAGCACUGUGCGUUUGCCAAGAAGGCUGAUACAGGAUUAUUAGCUUUGGGCAAAAAGAAGAAAGGAAAACUUGGACCAAUUAUGGAAAAGAAAGUUCUACCUGUAGUAGAAGAUGCAAAUAAGCUGGUUAACUAUGUAUGCGGAAGUAAUAUUUUAAAAGAAGGAGAAGACAUAAAGAUAAAGCCUGACAAUGAAUACCCAGAAUGGCUGUGGAGCAUACGAACAGGUCAACCACCACCACUCUCUGAAAUGGAUCCUAACACAUUGGAGUACUGGAGAAGAGUAAGAAAAAUUGGACACAGGAGGAUAAAUAGUCUGUUAAAAUUGAGAAAGUUUUAACACUCUUAGAUAAAUUUAUACUUUAUUAUUACACAGUAUCAAGUUUUUAAUUCUAAAGCUAUUAUGUAUUACAAAGUAAAAAUAAAUCAAUUUCUAAUAAGUUAAGUGUACCUUUCUAUGAACUUGAAUUAUUUUCGGAUAGUGCUUGAGCCCUGCGAUUCCUCCAUGCAGUCAUGUAAGAUCUUGGGUGAAUAGGAAAAAAACCGCAUAAACCUAAAUAAAUUUUAAAAAUAUUAAAAUUGUCACAUGUGUAAACACCUCUCACUGGAGCUCUCAAGAUCAUUAAAUAUUUAAUUGAGCAUGGCUACAUGUAUUAUUCAUAAGGCCACAAGUUCUAAGACCAUAAUAUUUUAAUCCCUGCUAGUGCCAUUCUGCUACUGUUUUCUUGAGCCCUCAUUUCGCUAGAUUUGAAAGGAGUGGAGCGGAGGGGUUGGUUAUUUGUACAACAGGAUGAAAGUAUCCAACAGGUAGCGAGUUUUUCAAUGCAAAAUAAUUUCUAUUAAGCAGAAGGAAGCAUUUCUGAUUAUCAGGUUUUGUUAACAUCACUCGUUACUAUCAUUUUUAAUUCAACUAUUGUUAGUAAAGGAGUGGCAGAUGCUCAAGAAAACAUACACAGAGUAAUGGUGACUUAGCAAUAACAAUUCUAAUGCAACAUGUCUUUGCACGUAAUUUCAAAUUGAUUUGAACGUAAGAAUUUAGCAGCCUCUGAUAUUAACAAUCUCAUUACGCCAAGCCAUAAGUUAUUCAGAAAAUAAACAAAAAUUAGACGAUAAAUUACAAGAAGAUAAGCAACAAAUUGCACUCUCAAGAGAGAAAUUAAAUAGACAUCUCUAUUCAGUUGCAUUAUUCUCAUAAUACACACAACUUAUCUGCUCAAUUAAAAGAGGAAAGAAACAUUGGUAUUCAACAGACCCCAGCAUGAGGUGUACAGAUAUGAAAAUAGUAAACAUCCAAAUCAAUAUACAAUACCCAAUAAUUGGGCAACUGGUGUGGAGACAUCAGCACCAUUUCCAACCCAAUGACGAAUUCUUUCCAAAUUGAGUGAAACUAAUUUUUCAUUAUGUUGAUUGGGUAACGGGUCAUAUGUUCCAACUUGUUCAAUGACUGGGUCUUGUUGAUCCCUGAAGCUUUCCAUAACUACUAUGUGAUAAAAUGGUCUAUUUGUACACCCUUUCCGAGAAAACCUAAUAAUCUUCCUAGUAUGCUGCAGAAACUGAGCACCACCACUUGCUGGAUGUGGCAUAACGAAUACUGUAUUCAAGAUUUGAUAAUUAAAAAUGAAUUAACCACUAGUGGAUUUUGACUGUUCUUCACAACUGUAAGCCAGUAUUUACGUUUUACUUCCCCCUUACAAAAUUUAGAUUAUUUUCACGGACCAACGAAACCCGGUGCGUUAUUACCAGUUUUUAUGCACGCAGCGCUCGCAUAUCAUAUUUGUGAUCGCCAGACGCUACGAUGUUGUUUAUACUUUAUACCACAACCACACGUGGAGGGAACAAACGAAUAUCGUGGAUCUGAACUUCACUCAGGCCCAGUUCGGCCAGCUGGUGAAUCUGGAGACCUGGAGGUGGAAGGAUCUGACGAAGGCCAUUAUUCGUGGGUUUCAGAAGUAUUUAGCGCGCUACAGUAUUGUCAACGAAGUGGAUGAACAUAUUAAUUUGAUUUUAUAAAAAAUACUAGGUUCAUAGAUGCCACGUUCAAUUUAAUCCACACAAAAUAUUUGAGGUUGCGAAGAAUGCAUCAGUUUUUUAAUUCAAAGAGUUUACGAAGAACACCUAAAGAAAGGCUACCAAAAAAGGAAAGCUAAAUCAUGCAGGCUCAAAUUCUUUCACGUGCUUCAGCUUGGUCCGAGCUCAACACUGUAACCACCUUUGAUGCAGGCGGUGCAACUCGUCCUGUUGAUAGUAUGAGUGAUAAGAAAUACACUGUUGAGAAUAUUAGAAGCUUUUCACCAUCAAGUUUAUUGGUUGAAUCACUUAUAGAACAUUUGUGUAGACUUCUUGAAAAGGAUCCUGCAAAUCAGAAAAAUCUAUAUAAAGUGAUUUGUGGAAAGCUUCAUCAAAUGAAAUUGAUUGAUAAAACAUAUGGUUUGGAAGAAUUUGAAUCAUUGAGAGGCUAUUAUCAGAAGGCUUUGGUACAUCUUGUAACUGUUGCGAAGUCAACUGUUGAAGGAAAUGAAGAUAAUAGUAUUGUUAAACUAUCAAAUUACAGUGCUAACCUAGAACUCUCUCCAUCGGUUUUGAAAGAAGAACAGAUAUUACAUUGGUCGAGAUACUCAACGGAUUAUGUGGAAUUGAAGUUUAUUGCUAAAGGAGGUUUUGGGCAAGUUUUCCAAGUACGAAAUAAACUGGACGGAGAAGAAUAUGCAGUUAAAAAAAUAUUUUUAAGGUAUCGUAAUUUGAAUAGUUUCUACCGAAAUAUUCAAGAAGUUAAAUUAUUGGCCAAAUUGAACCACCCCAAUAUUGUGGCAUACAAAGCAGCUUGGCUUGAACCAUUGUUCUCUUUUACAUCUAAUCAUAUUUCGCCCCAGGAAAGCGAGCUGGAAGAUGUUUCUGACGUAUCUGAUGUUUCUCAGGGUUUUCCCAAACCUGUUUUGAAUAACGUGGAAACAGAAGAAUCAUCCAGUAUUAUUUUCAAAGAAAAUGACUCCGAGAAAAAGACUGAAACUUCUACUCAGGGAGCCGCUGCAAUGGAAAAACCUGAAACAUUGAGCACCAGACAUGUACAUAGCAGAACAGUUUCUGAAGUAUUCCUGCAAAGCUCCAAUGCUAGUACAUCUGGUGCUAGUAGUAUGUUCAAAAGUGAAGCUGCCAUUACAAUGGACAAUUUUGUAUCAGGACAUAAAGAGGAUUGUAGUGUAGAAGUUAAAGCUCUACAAAAAGAGAAAGCUGUGUGUCGUUUUAUGAUACAAGCAGAAAACACUAAUCAAGAUUCUAAUAUUCAACAUGAGUGGGUAGUUUUAUACAUCCAGAUGCAGUUAUGUUCUUCUACUCUGAGGGAUUGGCUGAAUGAAAGAAAUGCUAUAUCGCCUUCUGUCAACGUCAAAGAAUGUUUAAGGAUUUUCCAUGACAUUGUGUUGGGUGUUCAAUACAUUCAUUCUCAAGGAAUUGUUCAUCAUGAUAUUAAGCCCAACAACAUUUUUGUGAAUGGAGUUAGUGCUAGUCAGAUCAAAGUUGGAGACUUUGGCUUGGCAUGCUUCCUCCACCACUCAUCAGAUGAUGUAACAUUGAUUGCUUCCCAUAACCACAGAGGGGAGUUUGGUACCAGGUUGUAUGCUGCCCCUGAACAGCUGGAGGGGAAAUGUGACAUUAAGAGUGACAUAUACAGCCUUGGGAUAAUUCUAUUUGAGCUGUUGUGCCCAUUCAGAACAGAUAUGGAGAGAAGUCUUGUUCUGACAAAUUUAAGAAAUGGAACCUUUCCCUCAGAAAUGGAUGAGCAAAAUCCUGAAUUGAUGCAGUUGAUAAGAAAAUUAUUGUUACAAGAUGUUCAGUUGCGCCCUUCAGCAGAAGAUAUUUUGCUUUCUCUGGAAUCGUUGACAAAAAACGUUCCAAGAGAUAGCGUACCACCAGAGGAUAAGGAAUAUCAGAAAGGAUUUAUUGAACAACUUCGGGAAGAACUUAUGAGAAAAAACCAAGAAAUUGAGGAACUGAGAAAAAGAGUCCAAGCAUUGGAAUCAAAAAGUAAUAAAAAUGAACAAUGAAACUAAUGCAUUUUCAAAACUUCUUGAUAUUCUGGUUAUCACUUGCCAUUAAUGCUUUCCAGGACAGUUCAGUUUGCGAUGAAUUAUGUACUUAAGUGUGAAUGCUAAUUGUGUAUUGUAAACGUAUUCUGUAAGUUAAAUUUUUAAUAAAAUAAUGGUUCUAUACACA